GGCCGAACAAAAAUUCAAUGAAAUAGAUGACAGUGUAUACAGAAAUUUAUAAUUAAAAAAUGUAUUAUACAAUUUUUUAAUACUGGAACUUUGGUUUUCAAAGUAUACCUUGUUGGCCAAUCGAAGGCGCUAUGAUUUUGGGGUUAAGAGCCAACCACAAAGCCUGCCUUUUCCACCUCUUACCAACUGCCAAACGCUAGGUCCGUGUUUUGUACCAUGUUGUGCCGUCGAAUUCAAGCUGUACGACCCUUUUUCAGAGAUUCUUUGCUCUUUAGUGCCAGAAGAUUUGCUACUGAGUCAAAUGUUUCGACUACUGCCUCGAAACCUGAAGCAGCAGAGGAAAAACUGAAGACGUUUGAGAUUUACCGUUGGAAUCCUGAACGCCCGGAAGUAAAGCCCAAGCUACAAAAGUAUGUAGUAAAUUUAAAGAACUGUGGACCAAUGGUUUUGGAUGCAUUAAAUAAGAUUAAGAGCGAACAGGACCCAACUUUGACGUUCCGUCGCUCUUGCCGUGAAGGCAUUUGCGGAUCUUGUGCCAUGAACAUAAAUGGUAGCAAUACAUUAGCUUGUCUAUGUCACAUUAAGAAUGAUGAGAAGCCAGCAAAAAUAUAUCCUUUGCCCCAUUGUUUCGUUAUAAAGGAUUUAGUUCCUGAUCUUACCUACUUCUACAAGCAAUACAAGAGUAUUGAGCCUUGGUUGCAAAAUAAUAAUAUUCCUAAAGGAAAAGAACUGUUACAAUCUCGUGAGGAUCGUGAAAAACUCGAUGGUUUAUAUGAGUGUAUUCUGUGUGCUUGCUGUUCUACGUCAUGUCCUUCCUACUGGUGGAAUUCCGAAGAGUACUUAGGUCCAGCUGUCUUGAUGCAAGCUUACAGAUGGAUUAUUGAUUCUCGAGACCAAGGUACGGCUCGUCGUUUGGGUGCCAUGCAAAAUUCUAUGUCUGUUUACAGAUGCCAUACCAUCAUGAACUGUGCACGUACUUGCCCUAAGGGUCUGAACCCUGGUUUAGCCAUCUCCAAACUGAAGGCCCUUAUGGCUACUUCUUAAGUUAGACAUGUUUUUGUUUUUUGAAUGUACAACUUUCGAAUGUUGGAAGCAAAUCUUUACAAAUUUCACCGAUGUUAGCUUCGGCAAAUCGUCAUCCCCCAUUUUACUGUUCAGUUAACACUUUUCCUUUCUUUUCCUCAUUACCAUCGCUAUUUUAUGCAGUUUUAACUUGCAUAAUUAGGUUUAAAGGAAAUUCAUUGCUUCGUUUGGCUAAUUCGUCACCACUUUACUAAUGAAUCCUAGUUUGAAUGUUUUUUUUUUAUUCAAUAUGUCAAAUCCCCCUCUUAAAUACUAUUUCAGAUUGUACGACAUUGUAUUCACAUAAAUAAUUCUACAAAAAUAUACAUACGAUCAAUAAAAUCCAAAUAAAGUCCUUAGAAAGUUCAGUCCUUUUAGAAGCGAUAGAGUUCUUUUCUUCCAAAUACCGUUC